AUGUCAGAUACAAGUUGUCACCAUUUGUGGUAUGCAGCCAAGCAGUGCUUGUGUCACCAAGAUGAGAAAUAUAGAAAGAAGGUGGAGGAAGACUUGCAAGGCUUGUGGUUGUCAGAUAAAAACACCAACCAUGUCAUGCCCCUGCUCUCUGUCAGAACUGGAUUGGACUUAUUCCUCUCUGCUAAAAACUUCCCUAAGGGAUCUGAGAUCAUCAUGUCUGCAAUUAAUAUUCCUGACAUGGGCAAAAUAGUGAAAAGCCAUAAUUUAGUCAUCGUUUCACUUGAUGUGAGCAUUGAAACAUUAGAACCAAAGUUGGACAUCCUACCUAAGUUAAUCACCACAAAAACCGUUGCCAUCAUUGUUGCUCAUUUGUAUGGUAGGAUUAUUAAUAUGGAGCCGAUCAUUGAAUUUGCCCAUUUGCAUAGAUUAGUCGUUAUUGAAGAUUGUGCUGAAUCUUUCUGUGGUUUUCAAAACAUGGGACAUCCAUCAUCAGAUGUUGCACUUUUCAGUUUUGGAGUCAUCAAAUUUUAUACCUCUUUUGGGGGGUGCAUUGCUAAGAUCAGAGACAUUGAAAUGUAUCAAAGCAUGCAAAAUAUACACAGAAACUACCCCAUCCAAACAGCAGAUAUGUAUUUAAAAAAAAUUGUUAAAUAUUCUUUUAUCUAUUCCUGGCUUCAUGUUGGCCCCCUCCCGAAAAUUGGUAGAGAAGUUUUAAAUAGGUUUGGGGUCGAUUAUAAGGCUCACUUUGUCAGGUGGAUGCGUGGGUUCCCUGAGCGAAUGCUCGAAAUGAUUCGAUGGCAGCCAAGUACAGCCCUACUAUCGACAAUGCUGUAUCGUCAGCAAGGUUUCACCCAAUCAGAGUUUGAGAUACAGAAAAAGAAGGGAGACUACAUCUUGAGCAAACUUCCUGUUGGCUAUGAACCUGUGGGGAAUAUGGCAAUGACCAACAACUACUGGCUUUUUCCAGUUCUAGUGGUAAGUUACUUUGACGGCAAGGAUGAAGGGAUGUUUUGUGGUUAGUUAAUUUAACUGUAGAGAAUGUGGAGGGGAUAUUUUGGGAUAAGUCAUUUUAUAUUUUAACAUUAGUGGAUGGUUUGUGGUAAAGUUAGAAAAAAAAACACCAAAUCAGGGAAACUUAAAUAUAUGACAAGAUUAGACAUCUCUGCAGGAAACCCUUUAUCAGCCAACAAACACAUAAUUUAGGACUAUUUUUAAAAAUGUAUCUUUGUCCUGUAGUGUAGUUGUAUUCUAAAUCAGUUCCAGGGACAAAAUUUGAUAAUUGGAGAAAACAGGAUGUUACAGAUAUGUAAAUGUUAGAGAAAAUAUAAAGAUUUGGUGUAAAGUGGGGUUGGGGGGGGGAUCAUAACUUGCAGGUUGGAAUGGAAAUGAUCACUUGUGAAAAAGUGUGUGAUUCAAAACAUGUGUAAUGUAAAGAUUCACUCUGCCUUGGAUAUUUUUUUAGUUGGCAAGUGUUGAUCUUAACAUGUUAGUCUAGAGAAGUCCCAUAACUCUAUACUAUAAGACAAAGAGAAAAUGAACUUGAAUCUUAAGUUAGCUGAUGUAAAAUGCACAUCAGCUAUUAUCACUCCUUUACACAUAAAUCUCUUAUUGAUACUAUAUUGAUGUUACUGAUUUCAACAAACCUCAAUUCUUUGAAACUGUACCUCUGUGAUACUUUAUUAAUUUAACGCCUUUGAAACUAUAUUGGUUUCUCUUCUUGGAUACUGUAUUGAUUUCACUUCUUGGAUACUGUAUUGAUUUCACUUCUUGGAUACUGUAUUGAUUUCACUUCUUGGAUACUGCAUUGAUUUCACUUCUUGGAUACUGCAUUGAUUUCACUUCUUGGAUACUGUAUUGAUUUCACUUCUUGGAUACUGUAUUGAUUUCACUUCUUGGAUACUGUAUUGAUUUCACUUCUUGGAUACUGUAUUGAUUUCACUUCUUGGAUACUGUAUUGAUUUCACUUCUUGGAUACUGUAUUGAUUUCACUUCUUGAAUACUGUACCGGUUUCACUUCUUUGAACAAAGCUUACUUCUUUUAUGCAAUAUUUAUUUCAAUUCUUUGCACAAACCGAUUUUUUUUCCUGGCAAUAUUCCCUAAAAGUACUAACAUAUCAGUUGGAAUUUUUAAAUUUUCAUCAUCAUCAUCAUCAUGUCCCUUAGUCCUUGGACCGCUGGGGCGCCACAGACGGCAUGUGAACUAUCCUCCUCCAUUCGUCUCUGUCUUCUGCACUACGCACAGCAUUGCCCAGCGUUAGUCCUGUCCACGCUUUGAUGUUAUCCUCCCAUCUUUUUCUUUGUCUUCCUCUUCUUCUCCCUCCUCUUGUGGUGCUCUGCAAUAUUUCUUUGGAAAGCCCUUGUUUCCUUGUUACGUGGCCGUACCAAUGUAGUUUGCGUUUUUUCACAGUCAUCAGUAGGUCAUCGCACUCCCCAAUUGCCUGGCGAACCCUUUCUUUCACUGUAUCAUUGGAGAUAUGGUCCCUAUAGUAUAGCAGAUGCCAAAAAUGCUUCUGAAGCAUUCCAUCUCCAUCGCCUUUAUUUUCCUUUCAAGAUCUGCUGGUAAUGUCCAGGAUUCACAGGCAUACAGGAAAAUGGAGAGGACUAAUGAGCGCAUCAGCCUGAUUUUGGUGCUGGGGGCUAUAUUUUUGUCAUUCCAUAUUUUCUUGAGCCUCUUUAGUGCUGUUGUAGUCUGCACAAUUCUGUACAUCAGUUUGGGCUUGGAGCCUUCUUCUGAGACGAUUGCUCCUAGGUAUUUGAAGUGGCCUACAGUCUCUAGUCUUUCCUCCCUGACCUUAAUUUCAGUGAUGAUGCCUGUGGUGUUAUUUGUCAUCAGUUUUGUCUUUUCGGAACUGAUUAGCAUGCCGUAGGACGACAAGGUCUUGUCGAGGCGCUUCACCAGGUUGGCUAGCUCUUUUUCGUUCCCAGCCAAUCUGCCUAUGUCGUCCGCAAAGCGUAGGUUGGUGAUUGUUCUGCCACCAAUGCUGACUGUCCUUUCAUGCACUUCCAGAUCAUCUGACAUAAUUCUCUCUAGGAAGAUGUUAAACAGGGUGGGGGAGACCAGGCAGCCUUGUCGCACUCCAACCAGCCUUGUCGUACUCCAACCGUGGUCUUGAACCAUUCUGCGAUGUUGUUGUUGAGGAAGACUGCACUGGUGGCCUUAUCAUAGAGGUUGCAUAUCAUGCUGGUUAGGUUUGUGUUGAUGUUGUAGUGCUUCAUGGUGGCCCAUAAAACAGCAUGUCGAAUGCUUUCUUGAAGUCCACAAAGACUUGGUAUAGGUUUUGUUGGUGUUGAGCAUAUUUCUCACAUAGUAUUCAGAGGUUUAGAGCUGCUUAGUAGUGCCUCGUCCUUGUCUGAAGCCCGCCUGUUCUUCAGCAAUGAUUCUGUCAGCAUAUGGUUUUAGUCGGUUCAAUAUGACCUUCAUCAUGACCUUGCUUGGUUGGCUUAUUAGACUAAUGGUGCGAUAGUUCUGGCAUAGCUGUAGGUUACCUUUUUUGGGGAGGGUGAUGAUGAGCGAUUUUCUUUCUUAUAAUCAUGGUUAUCUCUGUUUCCCCAGGAUGAGCCUGAUGAGUUGGGGAAUAUAUUAAAUCUGCUGGGAGUGGAUGCUUAUCGUGGCGCCACACAACUUAACCUUGUUGAGCCAUGCCAUGAGGUAAUGCUAGGAUUGUUCAAUGUUGUCUUUAGUGUCAGCACACUGUCCCUGUUUUUAAACAUGAUCACAAAGGUUUUAAUUAGCAACGUUUGAAAUAACAUUAUUUGAUGUAUAAUAUCUGCGGCUGUAUGUCAUCAAUAAAUAAUAAUUUUUCAUAAUUUUGAAGUUUGUUUUAACGAUUUCUGUAAGAAAAAUUAGUUUAAAGUUUUUAAUGAUUUUUUAAAAGAAUUUUUUAAUGUUACACAAGCUAAAAAGUUAAUGUUACACAAGCUAAAAAGUUAAUGUUACACAAGUUAAAAAGUUAAUGUUACACAAGCUAAAAAGUUAAUGUUACACAAGUUAAAAAGUUAAUGUUACACAAGCUAAAAAGUUAAUGUUACACAAGCUAAACAGUUAAUGUUACACAAGCUAAACAGUUAAUAUUUCUCAAUUAAAAAUACCUUUUGUAGGCCUAGUCAUACUUUUUUUCCCUUCAGUAAUUAUGAUUAUUUAUGUUGGUUUGAUGACUUAAAGUUGUAAAGUACAUAGUAAUGUCAUUUAACUUAAACACAACAAUACUGUUACAUAAACCUAACAAUACUGUUACUUAAUCCUAACUAUUCUGUUACUUAAACCUAAAUAAACUGUUACUUUAACCUAACUAUACUGUUACUUUAACCCAACUGUACUGUUAUUUAAACCUAACUAAUACACUGUUACUUAAACCUAACUACACUGUUUUUACAUAAACCUAACGAUACUAUUACUUAAACCUAAUUACACUGUAACUUAAACCCAACUCUACUGUUGCUUAAAUCCAACUAUACUACAAUUUUUAUAAAGAUUUAAAUAUAACCUGUGCUAUACUAAUAACUAAUGGUUUAAAAAGAGUGAAUUUUAAUGCAGGGAUCAGAACCUCUGGACAAACUUUACCCACACGAGGCCAAGUAUUUAAUAGAUCAUGUGCUUUAUCUGCCUGUCAACAAGUUUGUCCCAUACCAUCACCUGGACGCCAUGUUGAAAGCUUGCACUGUUGCUAUGGAGAUUUCAAAGCAAAAAGAUCGUAAACCACUUCACCACAAGUUGAAAUUAUUGAAAUCAAAGUUAUAA